CGGUCACACUGGCAGAUCUCGAACCUCGGUCGUUUCGCUCGUCAAAAAAGCCAGAAAAUGUGGAAAAUAAUUAAUAAACUGUUGUGAAAAGUGUGUCCGAGUGAUGUAUAUAGUGUCUGCUUAUCAAAUUUCAUUGAAUUUGCAUCGUGCAAUUGCCAAAAAUGUGUAAAAAUCGAGAGCAGCAAACCUGAUUUUUGUGAAGAAGAAGCAGGCAUUUUUCAUCGUCGUAAAACACGUACAUACAGACACUCACACACAGAGGCAGCGAUAUAUGUAUAUACGAAACGCGCGGGCGCGAGAGAGAGAGUGAGAGAGAUAUAACGAGAGAGCGUGUUUUUGUGCGUUUGUUUUGUGCGACAAAAAGAGAGCGAGAGAGCGGCGAAUGUGAGAGCCAAAGCAAAAACCAAGAAAUAAGUGAACGAAAAUAAAAACGAAAAUCGCAAUCUCCACCCCUGUGUUUUGUGUUUACUAGUGUUUUGUGUGUUUCUGUGCCGUUUUGUUGUGAAAAAUAUAAGAGUCCCCGAUUUUGGAUUAUUCGAGCACUUAAAAUCUAAAAAUGCCGAAUGGUAAAUGCAGUCACAACAACCCCUGAAACGGAAUCUCAAUCUGCAUCUGGAUUAUUCGCUCGGCAAAAAGAUUUCAAGACACGCAGACUGCAAACUUUUGUGCACCAGUGUGUGCGUUUUUGUGUAAAGAAGUGUGGUGGAAAUGGGAUGAUGUAGACCGAGGAUAUAUAGAGAUGAUGAUGGGGAUAAUGAUGGUAAUGAUAAUGAGGACCAUGUGGCCGCCAACACAAGCCAGCAUCAACCGAAACAACAACAAGAACAACAAAAGCAGCAGUUACAGAUGAGAAAAGUUGCCGCGAAAGUACAGCAAUGUGGAAAACUGUGAAUUCGUCGAGCAGAAACUCCCAACGCAGAAAAACUAAACGCGCAAAAAGAAGAAUUUUCAUCAGGCCAUAAAAUCGAGAACAAAGAGAAAAACUGUCGUAAAAAGAGGCAGCAGGGAAAACCCACCACUUAAUAGUGGCCCACAACAGCAACAACAACAACUUGAGCUGUCCACAAGUCCAAGAAAUCAAACAAAUCGAAGAAAUCAAAGAAAAGCAACUAAAAGUCCCAAUCUAAAUCGAACAAAAAAACGAGGAAAAUCAAAUUAAAAGACAGGCAAAUGCAAACGCAAAGGCAAACGCAAACGCACUACUAUUAUGGGCCGCUCCAAGUUUCCCGGCAAACCCUCCAAGUCGAUCAACCGUAAACGGAUCAGUGUCCUGCAGCUGGAGGAUGAGGCCAACCAAGCAGCGGAAUCGCAGCAGCCACCGGCGGAAUCGCAGCAGCCAAGUGGAUCUGGAUCCGGUUCGCCAGGGGCUCGGGAAAAGGGCAACAAUUGUGAUAACGAUGAGGACGACAAUGCGCCGGGUGGUGCCACCAUUAGUGGGAAUACGGCAUCCUCAUCCAGCGCCACCUCGAGCUCCGGAAAUAGCGGCAAUGGAAGCAGUUCCGGUUCGGGGUCAGGAUCAUCCGGCUCGGGAUCCACAAAUGGCGGUGGCGUAAAUGGCGGUACCCAUCACAAAAGUGCUGCUAAUCUGGAUAAGGAGGCUGUGACCAAGGAUCACAAUAGGGAUAGUGAUAAACCAAAAGCAGCUGCCUCAAGAUCAGGAGCACUACCCAAUGAGUCAGCAACUUCAGUAAAAUCUUCUGCAGGAACUUCUGGAAAAUUAUCCGGCAAGUCUGCGAAAACUUAUUCUGGAGCAUUUUCUGCAACAUCUUCGGGAAGGUCCUCUGGUUCAUCACCAGAUGCUUACUCUGCAGCAUCUUCUGAUGGAGCAUCUUCCGGAAUAUCCUCUGGGAAGUCUACAGGAACAACAGCUGUAAAGUCUUCUGAAACAUCAUCUACAGCAUCUACCGGAAUAUCCUCUGGAAAACCGGCCGGGACAACAACUGCAAAAACAGCCGCCACUGGGACAUGCUCUUCUGGAAAGUCUUCUAAAGCAUCUUCUGGAACAACUUGUGAGGCCCCAACCUCCGGUCUGACUAGUGCAGCAUCCCUGAAAGCUCUGUCUGUAGCCACACCGGCCACAUCCACUGGAUUAGCUAGUGCACUGGCCUCCCCGGGAGGAUCUUCGCCAGGAGGAGCUUUUGCUAUAAGUGCCGCAUUGCUGCGAGCUCGCAAAAAUAGCAAUAAAAAGUUUAAGAAUCUAAACUUGGCCAGGGGCGAAAUUAUGCUGCCCUCGACAUCCAAGCUGAAGCAGCUUAAUUGUCCGGUGGUGGACAGCCCCACGACCACGACAAAUGCCUCUGCCUCCGGCUCCCCGCCUUCUACGGAGGGAAUACCGAGCAUAGGGGGCGUGCCAAGUCCAGGCGAAGAUGUGUCCCUGAAGCGCGUCUUAAGCGAAAUGCCCAAUGAAGUCGCCUCCGAAGCCGCUUCAUCCAUCUGUCCUGCGGCGACAAAUGGGGCUACACAGGGAAAAGGUGCUGCUUCGACUGGAACACCAGCAGCAGGAGCAUCAGAUGGAGGCAGUAGUCCCAAAUCAGGAUCAGAUGAAGGACCUUCGACGGCAUCAACUGCAGCCAAGCAAAAGAAGACGGUGACAUUUAGGAAUGUGCUGGAGACAAGUGAUGAUAAGUCGGUGGUAAAGCGGUCCUACAAUCCUGAUAUCCGCAUACCAAUCGUAUCGAUCAUGAAAAAGGAUUCUAUGAAUCGACCUCCGAAUUACUCCAGAGGAGGAGAAUGCAUUGUGCGGCCCUCCAUCCUGUCAAAGAUACUCAACAAAAACUCCAACAUAGAUAAGCUCAACUCUCUCAAAUUCCGAUCGGUGCCAGCGAGCUCAGCUUCUUUGAACCAGGAAUCAGGAUCGGUAUCUGGAUCCUCUCCCAAUGUCUUUGGUUUAUCACGCGCUUUUGGCGCUCCCAUGGAUGAGGAUGAUGAGGGUGGUGUAACAUUUCGUCGGAAUAAUUCUCCUGAAGAUCAGAACAACGAGGAGGAUGAAGAAAUGGAUGAGGAUGAAGACGAUGAAGAAGUCGAGGAAGAGGAGGAAAAUGAGCCGGAGGACAAUGAUGAAGCAGCCUCCGAAAAGAGUGCGGAGACAGAGAAAAGUACAGGAUCCGAAGAGCGGGAUCCGGAAGAGAAACAACUCGUCAUGGACUCGCGUUUUGUGCUGCCUAAACGGAGCACCCGAUCCUCUAGAAUUAUCAAGCCCAACAAAAGAUUGCUAGAGGAGGGUGCCAUCAGUAGUAGAAAGCCUACAUCAAGUGGCGACUCCAAGGCCAAGAACCUCUUUAGUGCAGCUUCUUCCAGUUUGGUUGCCUCUGCCUCCACCUCGUCCUCAUCUGGAUGUCUCAAACUCGGCAAGGAGAGCUUCUGUAGCUUUGGCAGCCUGAAAACAAACAGCAGUUCAGGUGAAAGCUUUGUGCUGAGACCGCCGCGACUGCAAUUUCAGGCGGAAAGCAAACAGGGACCUUUUACUGGUGGCAAAGCCUGCCCAACAUCGCCUAGUGCCAUUCCGACGCCAGUUAACUCUUUGGCGGUUUCAUCCUUUGCAACGCUCGCCAGUCCCAACACCAGUUCGACAUCAGGAACAACUACACCCAUUGUCUGCUCCGUGUGCUCCGCAACGGUUAGCAGCAAAGAAGUGGCUCAGGCCCGCAAGUAUUCAGUAGUGGCCUGCGACGUUUGCAGGAAAUUCAUAUCGAAGAUGACCAAAAAAUCCAUAUCUGCCACUUCGAGCAGUGCCAAUGCUUCUUCCGUCAGUCAACACCAACUUCAGUGCAAGGGAAGCGAAGGAUCAACCUGCAGUAUCCACUCGGCCAAGGGUCAGUUGAAGAACUCUAAAAAGUUUUACAAGGAUCGCUGCACCGCCUGUUGGCUGAAGAAGUGCAUGAUCUCCUUUCAGCUGCCGGCAGCACACAGAAGUAGGUUGAGCGCUAUUUUGCCACCAGGGAUGCGAGGGGAAGCCUCUUCCCGAGAGGAUAAAUCCGCGGAACUUUUGUCUCCCACGGCCAACCUAAGAUUUACUGCCUCUGCAUCCUCUAUUUCAUCUUCCGUGGUUGCUUCUGCGUCUGUCAAGUGGAAAUCCAGUUCAGAUUCCACCUCUGCUUUAACCUCUAUUAAGUCCAAUCCGCUGGCGGAGAAUAAUGUCACAUUUGGCAGUACUCCUCUGCUACGUCCCGCGAUUUUAGAGAAGCCACUCUUCCUGAAGAUUAGCAAUGCGGCGGAUCAGAAGCUCACAUCUACUGAGGGCAUUAGUCCCAGUUCGUCAAGGAAGACAAAUAAGCAGGAAAAGGAGAAGACUAAGGAACAGGAACAGAGCGAUAAGCCUCUUAGUCCUACAUUGGCAGCUACCAAAAAAUCUGCAGUAGUGGAAUUAGUUAUAGAAGCCCCAAUGGAGGAGGCACCACAAACCUCUUUAACAGCAGCAACAGUAGCACAUGCUGCAACUUCCAAUGGGACGUCUCAAAGUGUCUCUCAACCAGAAGCUAAUGGGGAAACCAAUGGUACGGGGGACACCCUAAAGCGUCAAAGGAUUGACCUUAAGGGACCUCGAGUUAAACACGUCUGCCGCAGUGCCUCCAUUGUGCUCGGUCAACCUUUGGCUACGUUCGGCGAGGACCAGCAGCCAGAGGAGGAGGCUGAAGUGCUGCAGGAAGUUGCCACUCCAGUGCCAUCAGCUAUUUCAGAGCCGGCCCCUGAAAAACCAACUCAAAUUGUUACGGAUGAAAACGAUAAUUGUGCUAGCUGUAAAACUCCGCCUCUUGCUAAGGAAACGAAGCCUUUUAAGUUCGCUGGAACAAAUCAAGCUGAAGGUAAAAAGCCAACAGCCGCAGGAAAAGAAGGACCAGCAUCUACAGCACCUUUAGUAGCAGCACCAGCAAAGGUCACAACAAGAAAUGCAGCGGUUACAUCCAAUCUUAUAGUGGCAGCCAGCAAAAAACAACGAAAUGGGGACAUUGUUACCUCCAGUUCGGUAACUCAAUCCUCCAGCCAAACCCAAGGUCGCAGGGCUAAGGAGCAGAGGCAGCCACGUACGCUCAUCUCCAUCGAUUUCUGGGAGAAUUAUGACCCUGCUGAAGUUUGCCAAACGGGUUUUGGAUUGAUUGUUACUGAAACAGUGGCUCAGAGGGCUCUAUGCUUCCUGUGCGGUUCUACGGGCCUGGAUCCACUGAUCUUUUGCGCCUGCUGCUGCGAGCCCUAUCAUCAGUACUGUGUCCAGGAUGAGUACAAUCUGAAGCACGGAUCUUUUGAGGAUACCACGCUGAUGGGCAGCCUUCUGGAAACGACGGUUAAUACUACUGGACCAUCAUCGUCAUCCCUGAAUCAACUGACGCAGCGCUUGAAUUGGUUGUGUCCCCGCUGCACCGUUUGCUACACCUGCAACAUGUCAUCGGGGUCCAAGGUUAAAUGUCAAAAGUGUCAGAAAAACUAUCAUAGCACGUGCUUGGGUACCAGCAAGAGACUACUGGGAGCAGAUCGACCUUUAAUAUGUGUCAAUUGCCUAAAAUGCAAGUCUUGCUCCACCACAAAAGUAUCUAAGUUUGUUGGGAAUCUUCCGAUGUGUACGGGCUGCUUUAAGUUGCGCAAGAAGGGAAACUUUUGUCCGAUAUGCCAGAGAUGCUAUGACGAUAAUGACUUUGAUCUAAAGAUGAUGGAGUGCGGCGAUUGUAGCCAGUGGGUUCAUUCAAAGUGCGAAGGACUCAGCGAUGAGCAAUACAAUUUGCUCAGCACUUUACCAGAAUCCAUUGAGUUUAUCUGCAAGAAAUGUGCGCGCAGGAAUGAGAGUUCCAGGAUAAAGGCAGAGGAGUGGCGUCAGGCGGUGAUGGAGGAAUUCAAGGCGAGUCUUUACAGUGUACUAAAGUUGCUCAGCAAAUCUCGUCAGGCCUGUGCUCUUCUCAAACUGAGUCCCCGCAAGAAAAUGCGAUGCACUUGUGGAGCAUCCACGAACCAAGGAAAACUCCAACCGAAAGCUCUUCAAUUUAGCAGUGGAUCCGAUAAUGGUUUGGGCAGCGAUGGUGAAUCCCAAAACAGCGACGAUGUCUACGAGUUCAAGGAGCAGCAGCAACAGCAGAAAAAUUUGAACAUGAAUAAGUCACGAGUGAAAUCCCUGUCGUGUUCCUGCCAACAGCACAUCAGUCAUUCGCAUUCCUUUAGCCUUGUGGAUAUUAAACAGAAGAUUGCUGGCAACUCAUACGUUUCCCUGGCGGAAUUCAACUAUGAUAUGAGCCAGGUUAUCCAGCAGAGUAAUUGUGAUGAAUUGGACAUUGCCUACAAGGAGCUGUUAAGUGAACAGUUUCCCUGGUUCCAAAACGAAACGAAAGCGUGCACUGAUGCCUUAGAGGAAGAUAUGUUUGAGUCCUGUUCGGGAACUAAUUACGAGGAUUUGCAAGACGGAGGAGGAGGAAGUUCUUCUGUCUACAACGAACACUCCACCUCGCAGGCAGAGUCACGUUCUGGUGUUUUGGAUAUUCCCCUAGAAGAGGUUGACGACCUUGGCAGCUCUGGCAUCAAGAUGCGAUUGGACACCAGGGUGUGCCUCUUCUGUCGUAAGAGUGGCGAAGGUUUGUCCGGAGAAGAAGCACGACUCCUGUACUGCGGCCAUGAUUGCUGGGUGCACACCAAUUGUGCCAUGUGGUCAGCAGAGGUAUUCGAGGAGAUUGAUGGUUCCCUACAAAAUGUCCACAGUGCUGUGUCUAGGGGAAGAAUGAUCAAGUGCACGGUGUGUGGCAAUCGAGGAGCCACUGUCGGUUGCAAUGUGCGAUCUUGCGGUGAGCACUAUCACUACCCAUGUGCCAGAAGCAUCGACUGCGCCUUUCUCACAGAUAAAUCCAUGUAUUGCCCCGCACAUGCGAAAAAUGGAAACGCCUUAAAGGCCAAUGGAUCUGCCAGUGUCACAUAUGAAUCAAACUUUGAAGUUUCCCGACCCGUGUAUGUGGAAUUGGAUAGAAAGCGAAAGAAGCUGAUUGAGCCAGCCCGUGUGCAGUUCCACAUUGGAUCCUUAGAGGUUCGGCAAUUGGGUACCAUUGUUCCCAGAUUUUCCGAUUCCUAUGAGGCCGUGGUGCCCAUAAAUUUCCUUUGCAGUCGUUUAUAUUGGUCUUCAAAAGAACCCUGGAAAAUAGUCGAGUACACAGUGCGCACCACUAUCCAGAACAGUUUGUCAACCUUAACAGCCCUAGAUGUGGGCAGAAACUAUACUGUGGAUCAUACGAAUCCAAAUGGCAAGGAGGUCCAGUUAGGUUUGGCGCAAAUUGCCCGCUGGCAUACUAGUCUGGCUAGGAGUGAUUUCUUGGAGAAUGGCGGAACUGAUUGGAGCGGGGACUAUCCCAAUCCCAACUCUUGUGUACUACCGGAUGAGAACACGGAAGAGGAGCCGCAACAGCAGGCCGACUUGUUUCCUCCAGAGAUAAAGGAUGCCAUAUUCGAAGAUCUCCCCCACGAACUACUUGAUGGAAUCUCCAUGCUGGAUAUAUUCAUGUAUGAGGACCUGGCGGAUAAAACGGACCCGUUUGCCAUAAGUGAGCAAUCCAAGGAUGGCACUCAAGCCAUGACAUCCAAUCAAGGUCAGAGUCAAAACCAACAGGCCGGAGGAGCUGGCUCUGUAAGCAUCUGUGAUGAAGACACCCGCAAUUCGAAUACGAGCUUGGGAAAUGGAUGGCCAGCCAGCAACCCCGUGGAGGACGCCAUGUUAUCCGCAGCCAGAAACUCCAGUCAAGUACAGAUGCUUAAAACCCUAGCCUGGCCAAAGCUUGAUGGAAAUAGUGCCAUGGCCACGGCCAUCAAGAGGCGAAAACUAUCUAAAAACUUGGCUGAAGGUGUGCUAUUAACCCUGAGCAGUCAGCAGCGAAGCAAAAAGGAGAUGGCCACCGUUGCUGGCGUAUCCAGAAGGCAAUCCAUCAGUGAGGCAGCCACCGAAGGAAUAGCCACUACAUCUGGAUCUGUAAGAAGCAAGAGUUUCACCUGGAGUGCGGCAAAGCGUUUUUACGAAAAGAGCGAAGCUCGCGAAGAGCCAACCAAGAUGAGGAUAAUGCAAAUGGAUGGCGUGGACGACUCAAUAACCGAAUUCCGCAUAAUUGCCGGUGAUGGGAAUCUAUCAACCGCUCAGUUCACCGGCCAGGUUAAGUGUGAUCGAUGUCAGUGCACUUACAGAAAUUACGAUGCUUUUCAGCGGCAUGUACCAUCUUGUGCACCAUCGAUGUCCACCAAUGAAUCCGAAUCUGAUGUGAACGCUGCAGGAAGCACCAAUAAUGCCGCGCAGCUGAGUGCGGAAAGCUUGAAUGAGCUGCAAAAGCAACUUUUAGCAAAUGCGGGAGGUUUAAAUUAUCUUCAAACAGCAGCAUCGUUUCCUCAGGUGCAGAGCCUGGGUUCACUGGGUCAGUUUGGCUUGCAGGGAUUGCAGCAACUUCAGUUGCAACCACAAUCCCUGGGCAAUGGAUUCUUUUUAUCCCAACCGAAUCCCACAACCCAGGCAAACACCGAUGAGUUACAAAUCUAUGCUAAUUCGUUGCAAAGUUUGGCUGCCAAUCUGGGUGGAGGUUUCACUUUGGCUCAACCAACGGUGACAGCUCCAGCGCAACCUCAAUUGAUUGCUGUUUCCACCAAUCCGGAUGGCACUCAGCAGUUCAUCCAAAUCCCGCAGACGAUGCAGGCCACCACAACUACUCCAACAGCAACGUAUCAGACCCUGCAGGCCACCAAUACGGAUAAGAAGAUAAUGCUUCCUUUAACGGCAGCUGGAAAACCUCUGAAAACAGUGGCCACCAAGGCGGCUCAACAGGCGGCUGCGAAGCAGAGACAACUGAAGUCCGCUCAUCAGGUGAAGCCCAUUCAGGCUAAGCUGCAACCCCAUCCCCAGCAGCAUCAACAGCAGCAACAGGCUCAAGUGCAACAGCCCAUCACCGUGAUGGGUCAGAAUCUCCUCCAACCGCAGCUGCUGUUCCAGAGCAGCGCCCAGUCGCAGGCACCGCAGCUAAUUCUUCCACAAGCCCAGCCCCAGAACAUCAUUUCGUUUGUGACUGGAGACGGAAGCCAAGGACAGCCACUGCAGUACAUCUCCAUACCCACAGCGGGGGAUUAUAAGCCACAGCCACAACCAACGGCGACGCCUACUUUUCUGACAACAGCUCCCGGUGGAGGAGCCACCUACCUGCAAACGGAUGCUAGUGGAAAUCUAGUGCUAACAACCACACCCACUAAUUCCGGAUUGCAAAUGCUCACGGCGCAAUCUCUGCAAGCUCAACCUCAAGUAAUAGGAACGCUUAUCCAGCCGCAAACCAUCCAGUUGGGAGGAGGAUCAGAUGGCAACCAGGCAGGCAGCAAUCAACAACCCCUAAUUUUGGGUGGAACAGGUGGCGGAGCCACCGGCUUGGAGUUUGCCACCACCACGCCCCAAGUGAUUCUGGCCACCCAACCGAUGUACUAUGGACUGGAGACGAUUGUCCAAAACACGGUCAUGUCGUCGCAGCAAUUUGUUUCCACUGCAAUGCCCGGAAUGCUCAGCCAGAAUGCUAGCUUCUCCGCCACCACCACACAGGUGUUCCAGGCUAGUAAAAUCGAACCGAUUGUGGAUCUGCCCGCUGGCUAUGUGGUGCUCAACAAUGCUGGAGAUGCAACUACAACGGGGACAUUCCUGAACGCAGCCAGUGUACUGCAGCAACAAUCGCAGGAUGACGCAACCACACAGCUACUGCAGAAUGCCAACUUCCAGUUCCAAACGGUGCCCACAUCCUCAGGUGCCUCCACAUCUAUGGAUUACUCCUCACCCGUUAUGGUGACGGCCAAGAUUCCGCCAGUAACUCAAAUGAAGAGAACAAAUGCUCAAGCUAAAGCAGCGGGAAUUUCGGGAGUGGGCAAGGUGCCACCGCAACCGCAGGUGGUCAACAAGGUACUGCCCACCAGCAUUGUUACCCAGCAGUCCCAAGUACAGCUCAAAAACUCCAAUCUCAAACAAUCUCAGCUCAAGGGCAAAGCUGCAUCGGGCACGGGAACAAAUUGUGGAGCACCUCCAAGUAUUGCUUCGAAGCCUCUUCAAAAAAAAACCAACAUGAUUCGACCCAUUCACAAGCUGGAAGUUAAACCGAAAGUAAUGAAGCCCACGCCGAAGAUGCAGCAACAAAGUCAAGCCAUGUUGCAGCAACAGCAGCAGCCACAGCUGCAUCAGCAAAUUCCAGCUGUGGUGGUCAGUCAGGUGCCCAAGGUUACGAUCUCACAGCAGCGAAUCCCAGCGCAGCCGCAGCAGCAGCUUCAGCAGACGCAGUUGCUCCACAUUCCCCAGCAGCAACAACAACAACAGCUACAGCAACCACAAGUGCAGGUUCAACCUUCGAUGCCCAUUAUAACGAUUGCCGAAGCACCUGUGAUGCAACCCCAAUUUGUGAUGGAACCCCAAGUGCUGGAGCAGCAGGAGAUGGCCAAUCGAGUGCAGCAUUUUUCCACAAGUAGCAGUAGUAGUAGCAGCAACUGUUCCCUGCCAACCAACGUUGUAAAUCCUAUGCAGCAACAGGCAACACCAACAUCAAGUAGCUCCACAACAAGACCGACAAAUCGUGUUCUACCGAUGCAGCAGCGCCAGGAGCCAGCUCCUUUGUCCAACGAGUGUCCAGUGGCUCCAUCACCUACUCCUCCUAAGCCUGUCGAACAGCCGGUAAUCCAGCAAAUGAAUAGCGCCAGUGCCUCCAAAUGUUAUGCCCAAAAGACAGCAUUACCUUCACCGGUUUACGAGGCGGAACUUAAAACAAGUUCGGUUUUGGAGAGCAUGCUGCCUGUUACCACGAUGGAGGCAAUCAUGGAGGAACAGCCAGCCACGGAGUCCAUCUACACGGAGGGGCUCUACGAGAAGCAUUCUCCGGCGGAGGCCAAGACCGAGCAACUUCUCCUACAGCAGCAGCAACGCGAGCAACUGAAUCAACAACUGGCUAGCAACGGCUAUCUGCUCGACAAGCACGCGUUCCAAGUAGAACCAAUGGAAACAGAUGUCUACGGGGGAGAAGAUCUUGAAGAGGAAGAUGAAGAGGAUGAUGACUUUAGCCUAAAGAUGGCCACAUCGGCGUGUAACGAUCACGAGAUGUCCGACAGCGAGGAGCCUGCGGUUAAGGAUAAGAUUAGCAAGAUUCUGGACAACCUGACAAACGACGACUGUGCGGAUUCUAUAGCCACUGCGACAACGAUGGAAGUGGAUGCCGGCGCUGGCUAUCAGCAAAUGGUGGAGGACGUCCUGGCCACCACUGCAGCGGCAUCUGCUCCCACCGAGGAGUUUGAAGGCACUCUGGAAACUGCAGCCGUCGAAGCAGCUGCCACCUACAUCAACGAAAUGGCCGAUGCCCAUGUCCUGGAACUCAAGCAGCUGCAGAAUGGAGUAGAGCUGGAGCUCAGAAGAAGAAAGGAGGAGCAAAGGACGGCGCCACAGGAACAGGAGCCAUCAAAAACGGUCGUAGUGCCCACAGCAUCUGCUCCAGAACCACCGCCUCCCAUUCGAGAGCCCAAGAAGAUCAGUGGUCCGCAUCUCCUCUAUGAGAUCCAGAGCGAAGAUGGUUUCACGUACAAGUCCAGUUCCAUAUCUGAGAUCUGGGAGAAGGUCUUUGAGGCAGUGCAGGUGGCCAGGCGGGCCCAUGGACUCACACCGCUCCCAGAGGGUCCUCUGGCGGACAUGGGUGGCAUACAGAUGAUUGGCCUCAAAACGAAUGCUCUGAAAUACCUGAUUGAACAGCUGCCGGGCGUGGAAAAGUGCUCGAAAUAUACUCCAAAGUAUCACAAGCGAAAUGGCAACGUAUCUACUGCGGCGACUGCUGGACAUGUCGGGAAUAUAGGCGGAAGCAGUGCAUCCGGUAUCCUGGCAGCAGUUUCUGGAGGCGAUGCACAGGGCCUACUUGAUUAUGGAUCCGACCAGGAUGAACUGCAGGAAAAUGCCUUUGAUUGCGCCCGUUGUGAGCCGUAUGCCAAUCGUAGCGAGUACGAUAUGUUCAGUUGGUUGGCAUCAAGGCAUCGCAAACAACCUAUUCAGGUGUUUGUCCAGCCAUCGGACAAUGAACUGGUGCCUAGGCGUGGAACUGGCAGCAACUUGCCCAUGGCAAUGAAAUAUCGCACGCUAAAGGAGACAUACAAAGAUUAUGUUGGAGUCUUCAGAUCGCACAUCCAUGGGCGCGGCCUCUACUGCACCAAGGAUAUUGAAGCGGGUGAAAUGGUCAUCGAAUACGCCGGCGAGUUGAUUCGCUCCACUCUGACAGAUAAAAGGGAGCGCUACUACGACAGUCGCGGCAUCGGCUGCUAUAUGUUCAAGAUCGAUGAUAAUCUCGUUGUAGAUGCCACAAUGCGAGGCAAUGCGGCGCGCUUCAUUAAUCACUCUUGUGAGCCGAAUUGCUACUCCAAAGUGGUUGACAUCCUGGGUCACAAACACAUUAUCAUCUUUGCGCUGCGCCGCAUUGUGCAGGGCGAGGAGCUGACCUACGACUACAAAUUUCCUUUCGAGGAGGAGAAGAUACCUUGUUCGUGCGGUUCCAAAAGGUGUCGGAAGUACUUAAAUUAGGAAGGAAAGGUCAAUGAAUAGGGAUAGGAUCCGCAAACAGGCGCUGGGCGUCUAAUUUAAUCCGUAUACUCAGAAACUAGGGUUGGUUUUUACAAAAGAUCUGGAAGUUCUUAAGGGUGGAAAGUUAUAUUUAAGGCAGUUGUCAUGGAUACUUUAGUUUUAAUAUCAAUUUUUCCGUAUCGCCAGAAGAAAAUAAUUGACAUUACUGUAAAAAGUAUUGUAAAGCAAUAGUCCAAUGCAAAAACUCUAAAUAACCGUUUAAAUGUAAAAGAAAUAGUACAUCACUUAGGUGUAAUUUUUCAAAAAGUUAUUACUUGUUCCGAUUGGACUAUCAUAAUCGAUUUUAAAUUAUUCGCGUAUAUAUAGUAAUAAUUUUAUAUUUUUAAACGUAAUAAAGAAAUGUUUUUUUCUUCUGGGAAAUGGCCUAGUUGAUAUUAAAAAAAUAAAUUAAGUUACACAUGCUAUUAAUUUUGCAAGGAUUACUUUCCAUCCUAUUGUUUUGCAUAAAUCAAACACCCUAUUGUACACAAAAAACACACCUGGAAUAAGAAUUGAAACACUUGUAGUUAACGGUUAUAUCGAUCUAUGUUUGGUCAAUCGUGAUACUUUUCGUUUUACAACCCCUAUACGUCUUAAGUAGUUGAUAUGUAAAAGUUAAACAGUUGAUAUUAUUAUAUAUCCUAUAUUUAAAAGCACGGCACAUAUUAGGCAACGAAACAAGUGGAAUCCGAGAAAUCGGAGUGAAAGAACAGAAACUCGACGAUGUCAGUAUUCAGGGGGAGAAUAAUUAAUUGUAUAUUAAAUAUGUUACGUAUUAGCUAUGUACCACAUACGGAUAACGAUAUGCAAAUCAGUUAGCUAACUAGACUAAGGCUCCACAGAUUCUAUAUACAGCAUACACAUAACUAAGCUAAGCUAAUAAAUAUAACACUUGUUGGGCUUAGGCGAAUGACAGAUAAACGAUGGGAGACAUUAAAAACAAUUACUUACAGGGGCUUGUGUUAGAUUGUACAUACAUUGCAUACGAAUUAUAAAUAUCUAUAUUAUAUACCUACUGUAAUGAGAAAUUAACUAACCUUAAGUUACCAGGAUUGUGUAAGAAGAAACUAUUUUAUGUAGAGCUUUGCGUAUUUAUGUUUGUUAACAAUUAACCUACUGAUUAAUUGAUUGAACUACGAAUAAUAUCCGCAACCACAUGCUUAUAUAUCUAUUUAGAGAACGAAACCAAGCAUCACCCUUGAAAUUAUUGUAUUGUAAACAGGCAACCACAACAACAACAGCAACCAAUUUUAAUUGUACGAACUUAAUCGAUUGUAUAUUUAUUAUUUUACACCUAAGUUUUAAAGCAUGUACAUUUUUGUGACCAUUUGUUUGCCUUGAUUGGAGCCCAAGCAUAAUCAUAAUUUGUAACGCCUAUUUUAAGUUCAGCUCCCUUGUAUUCUACUAGUUUAACGAUUGUUUCGCUUAAGACUAGCGUUAGUCCGCUCUGGUAUUUGUCCAAAAUUGUACACACACACACACAACAGGCAGAUAUGUAUAUUCCUAUCGGGGCGAUCGGUCGGACUUGUACAGGCAAAGUUCCAUAGCAUUUUUUGGCAGCCAUUCAAGACGCGCGCACUUUUUGCACGCUGUCGAGGAAUUUUAUAUUUUUAUUCCCUAAAGAAAAAAGUUUAAUAAACUACAGAUUAAAAUUCAAA